AUGGGCAAGAAUAAAUGCUCACUUCGGAUAUAUCCAUCGUCCCAUGUUCCUCGAGUCGUCGCUAGAACAUUUCAGAACAUUCAGCGAAUGUUCCUUCUCGCUUCAAGCCCCACUUCUGAUUUUGUUAUGCCCAACGAAGAGGUUAUUUCCUAUCAAACUUUACGCAAUGAGUCGCGCUACGAUUCCAAUGUGUGUCACGGGCCGUUGCGUCUAAGGGGUCAUACAAGCUUCGUCAUUAUCAUGAGUCCGUUUUGUUACGGCGGAAACUUUAUCUCCUACUGGUUACCAUGUUCUGGAACUCCCAUAUGCACAAUCCCUGUAGUAAUUGACCCCACAAUGCUUUGCUAA